AUGGAUUUAAUUUGUUCAAUUCAUUUCUGGCCAGUGAAUAUAGUCAAGAAAAUCUUCAAUUUUGGAUUGCUUGUGAGGCAUAUAAACGGUUAAGUGGGGCUAAAAUGGCGCGUGAAGCCCAGCGAAUUUAUAGGACUUACCUCUCUGUACAAUCGCCCAAGGAGGUCAACUUAGAUUCAAAAACGAGACUAGAAACGAUCGCUGGUCUUUCUUCACCCAACCAUUACGUCUUCGAUGCGGCACAAAAAAAGAUAAUGGCUCUUAUGCAAAAGGACUCUUACCGAAGAUUUCUUCGAUCUGACAUUUGUAACAAACUUCGUAGUCAAGUCGAUGACAAAGAGCAAUGCUGCAAAAAUGAG